AUGGUGGAGCUCAAGCAGAGGAUCCUCACUUCUCUCUCCAAGCUCUCAGACCGCGACACGCACCAGAUCGCGGUGGAGGACCUCGAGAAGACCAUCGCCGCGCUCUCGCCUGACGCCAUUCCCAUGAUCCUCAACUGCCUUUACGACGCCGCCACCGACCCCAAGCCCGCCGUCAAGCGCGAUGCACUCCGCCUCCUCGCCGCCGUCUGCGCUGCUCACGGCGACGCUGCGGCCGCGCACCUUACCAAGAUCAUCGCGCACGUCGUCCGCCGCCUCAAGGACGCGGACUCCGCUGUCCGCGACGCCUGCCGUGACACUGUCGGCGCGCUCGCUGCGCAGUAUUUGAAGGGCGACGGCGGCGGAGGGGGGGUUGGGACGGUGGUGGGGCUGUUCGUGAAGCCGUUGUUUGAGGCCAUGGGGGAGCAGAACAAGGGGGUGCAGGCGGGCGCGGCGGUGUGCAUGACCAAGAUGGUUGAGUGUGCUGGCGGCGGAGGGGAGGCGCCGGUGCCGGCGUUCCAGAAACUGUGUCCGAGGAUCUGUAAGCUGCUCAGCAGUCCCAAUUUCAUGGCUAAGGCGGCGAUUUUGCCGGUGGUUGCCAGCUUGUCACAGGUUGGAGCGAUUGCACCACAAAGCUUGGAACAUUUGCUGCCUAGCAUCCAUGAAUGCCUUUCUAGUACGGAUUGGGCAACACGUAAAGCAGCAGCUGAGACAUUAAGUUCUUUGGCAUUGCAUUCAAGCAGUUUGGUUACUGAUAGAGUGGCACCCACAUUGGCAGUACUUGAGGCUUGCCGAUUUGACAAGAUAAAACCUGUAAGAGAUAGCAUCAAUGAGGCAUUGCAAUUGUGGAAAAAGAUUGCAGGAAAAGGAGAUGGAUCUCCUGAUGAUUCAAAGCCCUCGUCUGAUGGUGGCAAUGAAUCAACUAUUUCAUCAGAAACAAUUGACCUGAAAAAAGUAAAUCUCGGUGAGAGGAAGACUGAUUCAUCAAUAAAAGAUUCAUCAACUAGUUCUUCAAAUAUGGAUUCAACUUCUAAGGCAAAAGCAGCUGGCAUAUCAGAGAAAGCAGUUGUAAUACUUAAGAAAAAAGCACCAGCAUUAUCUGAUAAAGAAUUAAAUCCGGAAUUUUUCCAAAAGCUUGAAAGAAGGGGUUCUGAUGAUUUACCAGUGGAAGUUGUUGUUCCCCGUAGAGGCCUCAAUUCUUCUAACUCCAACAAUGAGGAAGAAUCAGAGGUAAAUGUUAAGGAUUCGAAAGAAAGAAUGAGUUCUGUUGGAAACAUCCCUAACGAUGAUUUUCAUGGAUCCUCUAGUAAUAAAUAUCGAAUCUCUGAACGAGGCAAUGAUGGAAAUUCCAAACAAAGGAAUUAUGAUGAUUUUGGCCAUGAUAGACACUUUGAAAGGAGAGUGAACUCAAAAGAACUGAGGACUAAGGCAUAUGAUACCGAUGACAGGACUGAAAAUGAUCAAAGGGAGAGUUCUGCCAAUCUUGCAGGUUUUUCUAAAACUGAUGGUCAAUCAGAAGUACCCUUCUCCAAUAACAGAGGAAACUGGUUGGCCAUCCAGAGGCAGUUGCUGCAACUGGAAAGGCAACAAGUUCAUCUUAUGAAUAUGCUUCAGGAUUUCAUGGGUGGAUCUCAUGAUAGUAUGGUGACUCUUGAGAACAGAGUGCGAGGUCUUGAGAGAAUUGUUGAAGACAUGUCACGAGAUUUAUCCAUAUCAUCAGGUCGCAGAAACUUCACAGGGUUUGAAGGAUCAUCUAGCAGGCCAUCUAACAAGUAUAAUGGUUUUAAUGACUUCUCCAGUUCCAAGUAUGGAAGAGGUGGUGAUGGACGCAUCCAAAUUGGUGAAAGAUUUUCCCAAUCUGAUGGAAAUACCCUGGGAAUGAGGGGAAGAGGGCCAUCUUGGAGAUCUGACGUGUCCGAGGGGUGGGAUCUUCCUGGGUAUGGUGCUUCUAGAAAUAAUAGCCAGGUUUCCUCAAGGAGGGCUUUUGGUGGUAGUUCUGCUGAUGGAAGAUCGCCAAAAUCUGUGCAUGAGAGUGAUCAAGCAGGCAACAGGAGAGCUUGGGAUAAAGCAGCAAUGCCCAUCCGGCUUGGUGAGGGACCCUCCGCUAGAAGUGUCUGGCAAGCUUCUAAGGAUGAAGCUACCUUGGAAGCAAUUCGAGUUGCUGGUGAGGACAAUGGAGCAUCUAGGGCAACAAGGGUAGCCAUCCCUGAAAUGACUGCAGAAGCUCUGGCCGAUGACAACAUUGGGCAAGAGAGGGAUGCCAUCUGGACUUCUUGGACCAAUGCAAUGGAUGCCCUUCAAGUAGGUGACAUAGAUUCAGCCUUUGCAGAAGUAUUGUCCACGGGUGAUGAUAUUUUGCUUGUAAAGAUAAUGGAUAGAACAGGCCCUGUAAUUGACCAGCUUUCAAGUGAAGUUGCUUGUGAAAUUGUGAAUGCCAUUGGACAAUUCCUUCUUGACCAGAACAUGUAUGACAUCUGUUUGUCUUGGAUUCAACAGUUGCUGGAGAUAGUAUUGGACAAUGGCCCUGAAACCUUUGGCAUCCCUAUGGAAGUGAAGAAAGAGCUCUUACUGAAUUUACAUGAAGCUUCUACCGAUACAACUGAGGCCUGGGAAGGGGUACAGCCAGAUCAACUUUUAUUGCAAUUGGCUUCAGCCUGGGAAAUUGAUCUACAACAGCAUGACAAAUAG